AUGCCCUCAGCUAUAUCUCUGUCGACAUCGAUCAUACCGGAUUUCAAGGAGAUUCGAUCCCGAUCAUUCUCCUUACCUAAAUCUCCUAAAGCUGCCAAACGAUUCUUUGGCAAGAGCGAAGACUCACCACCUGUUCCACCUCUACCUUCCUCCUCAACAAAUACUACCACUCCGCACCAUCAGCAUACCCCUUCCUCUUCUUCGAUAUCGUCCACUGCCAGUGCUAGUGUAGGAUUCUCAGGUGCGACUGUCGUUAGAACGCCCCAAGAGGCAUUGGAAGGUAUAAAAUCGCUUACUCCCCCCGUCUUACCUCAACUACCUAUCGCUCACGCCUACACUAAACCUAGCCCAAAUGGGCGAAAACCGCCAAUCUACCUUCAUACACAUACCAACUCUUUAGAUAGAGGUAGAUCAAACCAAAUGAAUGGUGCUGUUCAAAGUAACAACGGCAAUACACCUAAAAUACAUAGAUCACAAAGUGCAACCGAGGAACUUCGAUCUCCCAUAUCAACUACAUCAACUUCCAAUCCUGCUACGCCCGUUACUGCCCCACCGUGUAGAGGAGGUAUAGUAGGUGUCAAAGGAGUAUUGAAAUCGCCCAGUUAUGGUUACCUGAGGAAUCACGAUGUAUCGGCCGAUAAGUGGGCGAGAGAAGUUCUGGGUAGUAUCAGGAUAAGUACGGAUAAUCAUAACGAUGUGGAUGUUUUGGGUCUUAGGGGAAAAGUCAAUAUGGAUCUGGGUGAAGGGGAAGAAUUGAAUUCGUUUAUCGAUUCUUACGAUAGGAAUACCAAACAUGACUCGUCCCAAUCUUCAGUUGGACUUUUCCCAAUUCCUCAAUCGUCAUCGGCCAACUCAACAACCAGCUUAACUUCAAUCCAGACAUUUGGGCAUGAUGAUAGAUUUAGAGGAUAUCAACCUUCCAUCGUAUCUACCACCGCCUCUACCACACAGGGAUAUACGGAAGAUCAAUACAAACCUUAUAUCCAACCUGGAUCUUCAACUACGAAUAAUAGUAUGUUGAUGUUGGAUGAGGAUCGAUAUCCACCAAGGUCAACUUCGACUUUACAACAUCUGGAAGAAGUCAAAUUCCCUUCUUUUUCUACACCUUUACCACCUCCUACUGAAUCUAUCAUUUCGACAACAACAAAGGAAGAACAAGAAGAAGAGUAUGAUAAUAUUGAUUAUGAUCCAUUCAAGAAAAUUGAUACUCAUACUACUAGGCCUAUAUGUACUACCACUAGUACUGCUUCGUCGCACUGUUCUCGAUCUUCAUCUUCGACAACAACCAAGGAGCAAACUGAAGUGCAGGACAAAUCCAUGUAUGCACCAGUACCUGUACCGGUACCAUUCAUGACGCCGACAUAUCCUAAGGCUGACUCAGUCGAGAGUACCUAUUCACCCCGAUCGAAACCACAACAACUCCCCAGUGAAAAGGAGAAACAAGAUGAAGAAGAUAAAUCGUUCUUGUUAGCAUUACCGACAAGAGAUUUCACAAGAUCACCUUCGACUCAUUCUAUGCAUCCUCCAUCUCCACUUUCUACAUCUACAUCUACCAAUUCGAAAUCUCAAGGACACACGAGAUCACCUUCCACCCCUAUCACUUCUUCUUCACCCCAGAAGACGAUGAUUCGAACGCAUACUCGAAGUCCUUCUUCCCCCGCCGAAUUCUCUCCAUCACCACUAUCUCCCUCCCCGAACGCUCCUAUACAGAAACUCCGACGACCUUCCCUGUCAUCUAACAGAAGUACCGUCCGUCCGCUUCCACCCGUUAGUCGAACUUCCACGAGGCUAUCAGUAGUACAAACUCCCUUCCACGCUACGAUCCUUGAAGAUACCUCCCGACCCUUACCGUCUGGUCAAAGUGAUCUGUUACUGCUGAAUCUAGAAUUCGCUUAUUCGUUGGAUGAUAAACCGAAUAACGAAAAGGUUAUAUUACCAAUCGAGGUUGUCAGACAAUAUGGGUCGAAUAGGUUGUUAGAUUGGCUAGAUAGGUAUCUAACUAGAAGUGAAAAUGGGAAUAAUAAAAAGGUGAUUUCUACGGUCACGACUAUACCUGAGAUGACUGAUGGGGCGAGCGCGGAGGAAAGUGAUUUGGAGAGUGAUAAUGGAUUGACUGCGUUGCUGAGAGACGAAUACCUAAAUUCAUUCUUACUUCCUGAUUCACCCUCAACAGCGACUAGUCUCACCACUCCCAAUCCUAUUCCUGUUCCAUCGGCUGUUGAAGGGAUAUCCAUGCCCUCAUCACCUACAAAAGUUAAAUCUCCAUCCUUACCAAAUAUACCUCUACCACCUACUCCAGCAUCGACCCUCGACGUUCCCGAUGAGAUCCCUACUCGACUUUCAUCUGGUGAUGCGCCAGAGCCUGCUCCGAAGAAAGAAGGAUGGAAACGAGGUGUCACACCGAGACAGUACGAGCAAUUACAGAACAUAUAUCCCACACCUUUAUCUUCUUUGGCGCCUACUUCACACGAUGACGAUGAUGACGAUCAGGCUUCCAAAUCACCUUCGGACAUGGAGACGGAGUUGAAAGAACGAGAGAUAGAUAUGAAGUUGGAGGAUAAGUUCAAUUGGAUGCCACCUAAAACACCUCCUUUGAGUAUAAGGAGACACUCGAAAUCGCAUUUACCCCCAACACCGACGUUCACGAGUAGAACAACAGAUCAGAAAGAGGACCCAGGUCAAGCACAAGGGCAAAGUAAUUUGAGGGAACUGAGAAUAUUCUUAACUCGCGAAGCUGGCGCAUGGCAUCGGAUAGCUCAUCGACUCUUGUCUGGUAAAUGGGGUGAUAUGCGAGGUGAGAUAUACAAACAGAGGGUGAUGGAUGAGUUAGAUUGGGUAGGAAUGACGAGUCUCAGAGAAGAAUUAUCCAACAAUUUCACUACGAAUUUUGUGGGAAAUGGGAAUCUAAGUUCACCACCUGUUAGUAUAGGUGGAAUUUUUUCAAAUAGAAUAACAAAUUCCCCAUCACCAUCAAUGACACAGGUACCUCAAACGUCCAUGUCAGCCGGAUUCAUAGGAUUCACACCUCUAAGUGGGAAUUCUUCCCCAGGGAUCGGAAUGGGAGGUACGAAAAAGAUAAUGAGAAGUAGUUCAUCAACUUCCUUGAUGAUGUUGAGGAAUAAGGGGAAUAGAGUCAGUGGAGUCAGUAGGGGUGGAUCUGGUUAUAUAUGA